ACGAGAGGCCAAUAAUUGCCAUUACUCAGGCAAAUUCUUCCUCACUGGAUCCCUGUUCCCCAGCUGCUCCUCGGCUGUCUUUCCUGCCGCCAAGGGCGAGCUCGCUGACUCGCGGUGGAUGUGUCUUGCAGCUGCUCUUGUGGUCUGCGUAUCAGCGCCCUGCUUGUACGCCCCGCUUGGGCUGGGGGACCCAUGGUCGACACGAUCACCACGAAGCCUUUUUUUUUUAAAAAAAAAAAAACUUCUGUUUGUUGAUCAUGGGACCUGGAGGGGAUGCGGGCCUGGCGUUAUUUUGCGAUUGUCAGGGGAGGGUCAGGUACAAAAUGGGGCAUGUCGCCCUGGGGGAUCAUCUCUGCCAGCUCUCACCUCUCGCCCUCCCAAGACUCUCCAGGCUCUCCAGAGUCAGGGUCAAGAAGAGUUCCUCGCCAUGGCCGUCCUCUUCGUCCAGCUGCUGCUGUUCCUGCUGCCCUUCGUCGCAGCCCUGCCCUCCGCCCCCGUCAAGAAGGCCGGGCCUGUCCCCCCGAACGAAGACCCCUGGUAUAUCCCCCCCGAUGGCUGGGAGUCAGAGGCCCCCGGUGCCAUCCUGCGACACCGGCCUCCCCCUUCUCCCAUCGCAGCAUUCGGCCUGGCUGAGUCGAACCUCGAGUCGACGCACCAGAUCCUCUACCGCACGACCGACUCCUUUGGCGAGCCCAUCACCACCGUGACCACCGUGAUGAUCCCCCACAACGCGGACUUCACCAAGGUCGUCUCCUACCAGGUCGCCCAGGACUCUGCAGACCGUACCUGCUCGCCGUCCUUUGGCCUCCAGCAGUUCGCCGACGCCGGCGAGGCCCUGGCCCUGAUCAUGCCCCAGGCUGAGUACCUGUUCAUGAGCGCCGCCCUCAAUAAGGGCUACGUCGUCAUCGUCCCCGACCACCUAGGCCCCAAGUCAGCCUUCCUCGCAAACACCCUCACCGGCCAGGCCGUCCUCGACAACGUCCGCGCAGCCCUCGCCUCAACCGACUUCACGGGCGUCUCCUCCACCGCCACCGUCGUCCUCUGGGGCUACUCCGGCGGCAGUCUGGCCAGCGGCUUUGCAGCCGAGCUCCAACCAAUCUACGCACCAGAGCUCAAAAUCGCUGGCGCAGCCCUCGGCGGCACAGUGCCCAAAAUCGGACCUGUAAUCGAACUCAGCAACAAGGGCCUGUUUGCCGGCCUGAUCCCCGCGGGUGUUCAGGGCCUCGCAAACGAGUAUCCCUCCGCCGCCAAACUCAUCGCCGAGAACAUCCUGCCCGAGAAAUGGGCCGAGUUCAACAAGACCCAGAACCUCUGUCUUGCAGGGAACAUCAUCGAGUACCUCAACCAAGACGUGUACAGCUACAUGAAGAACCCGGACUUAUUCGAGACCAAGCCCGCGCAGGACCUCAUGAACGCCAACGCAAUGGGCCAGCACGCGCCCGAGAUCCCGCUCAUGAUCUACAAGUCUGCCAACGACGAGGUGAGCCCCGUCGAGGACACGGACGAGCUUUAUGACAGCUACUGCGCGAGCGGGGUGAAUGUGGAGUAUACGCGCGACUUGCUGUCCGAGCACGCUAUUCUGACUAUUACGGGGUCGGGGGAUGCGUUCCUGUGGAUUGUGGACCGGCUUAACGGUGUGCCUGUGAAGAAGGGGUGUUCGAAGAAGACGCAGCUUACCGCGUUGCAGGAUCCGAAGGUGUUUGCGGCGCUGGGCACGAAUCUUGUGCAGUUCUUGCUCAACUUCUUGUCUUUGCCUGUUGGGCCGCCGGGGAGGUAAUGGCUAUCUGUAGUUGGUGGAUUGGAGGCUCUUAGUAUAAUGUUAUUAGUGGGUUAUUACCUGCGGUAUAUACUGCAUACCUAAUAUAUACUCGAACUUUCUAUUACCUAUGAAACUAGUGGUAUUUGCUGCUGACGUAUGUGCGUAACAUAAUUGAUACCACCUUAUGUCGGCUGUGCUGGUAGAGGCGUCACUUGUAUUGAGCAUGAC